CAUCCACAGCCAAGCCAAAAAUAUCUCCCAUUUUACCUUGUAGUUCUUGGUCAAUUCACAAAAAUCAGACAGCCAUGGCAGGCAUCAAAGUUCAUGGAGCGGUCUACUCAACAGCUACACAGCGUGUUUCUGCCUGCCUUUAUGAGAAGGAGGUUGAGUUUGAGUUGGUUCCUGUGGACAUGAGUACCGGAGCACAUAAGCAGCAGCCUUUUCUUUCCCUCAACCCAUUUGGUCAACUUCCAGCCUUUGAGCAUGGAGACUUGAAGCUUUUUGAAUCAAGGGCAAUAAACCAAUAUAUUGUCCAUGAGUUCCCUAACAAGGGGACUCAGCUGACAUGUCCAGUCUCCAAGGGUUUGGGAAUCCUAUCAAUGUGGAUGGAGGUGGAAGCCCACCAGUACGAUCCUGUGGCUUCAAAGCUGGCCUGGGAACUAGCUUUCAAGUCUAUGUUUGGCAUGACUGCAGACCUUGCAGUUGUUGAGGAAAAUGAAGCUAAGCUGGCUAAAGUUCUAGAUAUCUAUGAGACUCGUUUGUCUCAGUCAAAGUACUUGGCUGGUGAGAGCUUCAGCUUGGCUGAUCUGCACCACCUCCCAGUCACACAAGUCUUGUUGGGGACACAAACCAAGAAGCUGUUCGAUUCACGUCCCCAUGUCUGCGCAUGGAUUGCUGGUAUCACAGCAAGGCCAGCCUGGUGUAAGGUUCUCGCGAUGCAAAAGCAUUAAGGAUUUGACCACAGCCUAUGUAAUGCUUGAUGGUCAUUGAGUAUACAUGAGUAAUAGCCUCUGUUUCGAUCUUUUGUGUUGUGAUUUCGGUUUCUUGUCUUCAAUAUCGAAUUUGAAGACUGUGCUUCUGUGUUUUCUAUUUGAGGUGUAGUUGCCUUCAAUCUUCAUGUUGGAGGCACAUACUUUCUGUUAUAUCUACUGUUUGAGUAUAAUGAAAACUAUCUUCAGCU